AUGGCUCUGUGUCGGCGUCGCGUGCUGUCACAGCUUCCGUGGGCGGCUGCGGCUGUGUCUGCGGCAUUUUCGAUCGGGCUACUGGUUGUGCAUGUGACCUUUGGCUGCGCUGCCCUGGCAGCGUGGGGAUAUUUCUUCGGCUAUUAUGUUCUGAGAAGCCAGUCGUCUCCAUAUCCCAUCCAGAUUCGUGCAUUCUUGGCAACUGCCUUGCUGGCUUGUACUUCUGUGGUCACCGCCGCAGCCUGGCUGUUCCUGGGCGGCUUGGACGGCUGUCGUGUUUUCGAUCCGGAGAUGAAGACCUCAUUCGGUUACAAGUUUGAUCAGUUCUGGACACUUUUGUGUUUCCGUCAUGCGGCGAACUGGUUUCUGACCGUGAUUGGAGUAUACCUAGUGCUGGCCGAUCACCCGCAGUCAACUUAUAUUCGUGACUGCAUCAGGUGUCUUCUGUACUUGUACACUAGUCAGAUUGUGGCCACCCUUGGCAACACGUGGAUUGCCUGUGCCGGUGCAGACGGCAACAAUGAUGGCGUAAGGGAUUCCUUCCUGGAGGGUUCUGUGAACAUGCAGGAGUCUCUAAUAGCAGGACUACAGGUCUCCGGCAGGUUUUUGCUCGUUCUUGCUGGCAAUUGGUUUCUUCAAAUCGUCGUGAAAAUGAUGAGGGCUCUUGAGGCGGCGUUCGAAGAGCCUCUGCCCUGUUUCCGCACGAUCGUUUACCUGAAGUACUUCGUCGUAGCCCUAACGAUUAUGUUGCCAGCUGCAUUUCGACUGCGGCUUCUCUUUUUGCUGGGUUGCGUCACUUCAGCCCUGGCCCUGGUAGUCUUGACUUUUCUGGAAUUUUUGGCGCUUCGCGCCCCUCUGCGCGCGCUGCAGCGUUCCCUUCGCAGUCGUACCGCGUUCAGUGGGGCUCCCUCGGAGAAGAUGCUCUUUGCGGCGAGCACCCUGCGUCGUUUUCAAGCUACUGGGCUGGGCAUCCUAGGCAACUCAACCAUCGCCUUCUACGUCUUGAUCACCGCCUUGACGAACGGCUUCGUUUGGGAGUACGUCGCCCUCACCGCCGUUGACUACAGCUCCCUGCUGAAUGCAGUUGGACUUGCUAUCGGCCUUGUGAUCCUCACCGGCUCGCUGAAGGCGGGAGAGGAAAUGGGAAAGACGUUGUCACAGUUUUCUGCAGCGUCGGGCAUUCGCCACUGGAGUUCGAUUCGGCGUGAAUUGAGUGAAUCUCGGAAGAAGGCCUGUCAGCGAUGUGCCUGGGAUGAGCACGUCAAGGAGAUAGCUGGUCGGCGCAUGUCGGUGGAUCAACUUCUCGACUUCUAUGUCAAACUGGGUUCCAAAAGGACGACUGGGGAGUUACGCAUGGCACAUUUCGACCCUGCACGGUCUACUACGACGGACGUUGUCCGCCACGUCGUGAUCCCGGAGUCACGCUGCGGUGACACAGGCAAGGCCCUGGCGGAAGUUGUGCAAAGCUCAUCGCGGACGCGCCUCAAGCGCUGGGACAGCAUCGCAGAUGAGUUGUCCUCUGGCAGAGAGGAGGCCUUGAGGCAUGCCAGCAUCUGUGAUGUUGCUAUGGGCGCCCUCGACACCGUCACCGGCGAGCCCUUGCCGACUUGUGACUGCGCUACACCAAAGUACUUAAACGAUUCUCCAGUUCAGUGCGAACUGAACAAGUUUGACAGCAUGAUGGCUUACCUUCACCGUCGUUAUCACCAACGCUUUCUGCAAGUUGUUGCGACUGACAAAAGCUUUAACCUCUUCUCGCGCGCAUGGUGCAUAGCCGAGCUGGUCCAGGCGCACGCCAGCAGAAUGGAACAGCAUGUGGUCCUUCAUUCCCACAAGGAGAUCGAGGAGUUCAACCGCAGGCUUCAAGAGCUCUUACUGGGAUCGGAAGGGCUUUUUGCCGGCUGGAAAGAUGCUCAGGCACUCCUCCUCGAUGUAG